AUGGGGGCGACUGCCUGUAGUUUGUUUUUGUUUUUUUUCUUCUCGGCCGUAGCACAGAGAGCAGAAGCAGCUCAGCAGCCUGUCACCUUCGGCAGCGCUAUCGCCCUCGUACACGAGGCAUCCGGGCACAAACUUUAUUCAGGGAAGAUAUCGUGGGGUUCCUCUUCAGCUGGCCAGGCCGUCAGUGUUAUUCCUGCAAGCACUAUAACAGUGGGGCUUAAAUGUGCUGCAGAGGGAGACACACAGCCGCCUUCUGAGUCGCCGUCUUCCUCUCUGUGGCAAGUGCGGCCUGUAGUAAGCGGUCUCCUCUCCCCCUUCGACCCCAGUCUUCCUCUCACCUCAUCACCUUCUUCUUCUUUUGGUGCCGGUGUGUCUGUUCCUUGCGGUGCUCGUGUGCUGCUGCAACACGUCAGCAGUCAGGCAGCACUGAAGGCAGGAAGGGCAGAAGCGCCCCUCUCUCCCAACUACGAGGUGGGGGCCUCCCCAGGUCCCGAGGGUGCCGAAUCGGCGUUUGUGGUUGAAUGCGCCAAAGGCGGAGACGUGUGGCGGUCGGGUGCCCCCGUGAAGUUGAAAAAUGUUCUGCUGAAUGCAAAUCUACAAGCUUCUAAACAACACGUGUUUACGUACAGCAACUGCGGCAGGGGCUGCCCUAUCGCGAGUCAUUUGGAGGUGUCAGUGAUGAAGGGACAGCCUUCUUCUUGGUCGUGGGCGAAGCCGUCGGACAACUGGCUGGCUCAACCGCAAUUGUUGUUCUUCGGAAACGGAGCAACAGAAGAAGGAGAAACCCACGACGAGCUCUAA